AGUCUUUUGUUAAAAAAACAGUUUGAUCCAUUUAGAGACACCGAAAACAAAAUCAUCCUCAAAAACCCUAAGCCUAAAAAGCUUUCAGAUCUCUCUAGGGUUUUCUCGUUUUUUGUUUUCUAAUCUACCGGAAAAUUUCCCUUUGUGUUUUUUAUGGACGAGUGUUGUAGCCAGCGAAGAAGACGAAGAAGCUGAUCCUUUUUUCUCGCUCAUGGAUUCUGAUUCUGAGAGAGCUUCUCUCGAGUCGAUUAAAGAUGAUUCUGAAUGUAUUUAUGUUUCGAACGAACCUAAUCUCACGGGAACAUGCGGUGAUUCGUUUGUUGGAGAGGAAGAAGGAGGAGGAGGCGACGGAGUUACGGAUGUGAAUUCGUCCGCCGCUGAGUCAGAGCUCGCGCUUCCGGAGCAAGGAGAAGGUGCGGUUUUUUCUUUGAAUUCCGUGGCUGAGAUCAGUGAUGUGGUUGAAGGGGGGAUUCCUGUUGAUGUCGUUUCCUCGGUAGGUGGAGGAGGAGAAGAAAAUGCAGCUUUUAAUGUUCGGGAGGUGGAUUCGGUUGGUAGUGACGCUGCGGCGGUGGAGGUGGUUCCUCUGAAAUCGUCUUCGGUGGUUGGAGAAGAGGAACAUGCGGCUUUAAUCGGUAGUGAUUCACAAGCUAAUUCGUCAGGAGAUAGGCUUGAGGAAAACAAAGAAGUUUCCAUGGAAGAAGAACCUACGUCAGUUUAUGAGGUAAACGGAGUUGAUUCUCUGAAUGUUGAGGAAAAGAGAGAUGAAGGUGGACAUGUAGUUUGUGGAAGUAUGGCUGUUGAGGAGAUAGAGAAUGAUUUAGGGCAGAACACAGAGUCUAAAAAGGAAAAGGUAGAUGUGAUGGAGGAGGAAACUACAGCGCAAGCUGCCUCCUUGGUUAAUGACAUAGAAAUUCCUGAUGAUAAAGAGGUAGCUUGUGUGGCUAGGUUUACGGAAAUUCCCUCUCAAGAUAAAGGGUUAGUCGAUUCAGGAAGUGGAGUUGUAGAGGAAGAGACAGUGAAAGAUUUCCAAAUAGGUGAAGGAGCUAAAGAUCUGACUGAUGGAGAUGCAAAAGAAGGUGUGGAUGUCACAGAAGAUGCAAUGGAUAUACAGGUGUUGAAGAAAUCAGAGGAGGAAGAAGACGUUGAUGGUACUGAUUUAUUAGAGGUCGAAACUAAGCCCCUAGAGGUGGAUGAUGUGGCUACGGAGAUGUCCGACAAAAUUGAGGUUUCAGUGGAUAUAUCAUCAGCUGUUGUUACUCAGUUUGCUGGGGAAACAAGUAAUGAUAAGGAAACUGUUAUGGAUGAUGUCAAAGAAGAUGUUGAGAAGGAUUCAGAAGCUGGUAAAUCACUGGACAUACAUGUACCAGAGGCUGUAGAAGAAGUAGAGUCAGACGUUAAGUAUAGUGCUGGGAUAGAGAAAGAAGGCGAUGGGAUGGGUGGUACGGGAGAAGCAGGGCAGACAGUGGAUAUGGAGGAAAUUCGAGAAGAAACCCAAGAACUAUCUGAGGAACUGGCUAAAGUAGAUGAAACAAAGAUUUCUGAAGUGUCAGAAGAACCGGAGACAACAAUCAGGGGUGAGGAUCAGGAGAAAGAUGAUGACAUGACUGAUUUAACGGAGCAUGUGGAAACCCAUGGAGACUCCCCAGUAGCUGGUAUUGAGGAGGGAAGGGAAGAUCAUGAAGAUAUGGGAGUGACAGAGACACAGGAGGAGACUGUUAUGGGUAAAGCAGACGGAACAAAAAUUGCUGAAGUGUCAGAAGAAACAGAGACAAGGAUUAAAGAUGAGGAUCAGGAAAAAAAUGAUGAGAUGACUGAUGUGGCGGAGGAUGUGAAAACGCAUGGAGACUCCUCAGUAGCUGAUAUUGAAGAGGGGAGGGAAAAUCAUGAAGAGAUGACAGAGACACAGGAGGAGAGUGUUAAUGCUGAGAUGGGUGAUGAAGAGACUGAUGAAGUUGAGGAAGAAAAUAAGAGUGCUGGAGGAAAGAGGAAACGGGGGAGAAAUACAAAGACAGUGAAAGGAACGGGAAAGAAGAAAGAGGAAGAUGUUUGUUUCAUGUGCUUUGAUGGGGGUGAUCUUGUCCUUUGUGACCGCAGGGGAUGCCCAAAAGCGUACCACCCUUCCUGUGUAGAUCGAGAUGAGGCUUUCUUCCAGUCAAAGGGUAAAUGGAACUGUGGAUGGCACCUGUGUAGCAAAUGUGAGAAAACUGCAACGUACUUGUGUUAUACAUGCAUGUUUUCAUUAUGCAAGGGCUGCGCCAAGGAUGCUGUCUUCUUUUGCAUCAGAGGUAAUAAGGGUUUGUGUGAGACAUGCAUGGAGACAGUCAAGUUGAUAGAAAGAAAAGAGCAGGAAAAGGAGCCGGCGCAGUUGGAUUUUGAUGACAAGACCAGCUGGGAAUAUCUUUUUAAGGAUUACUGGAUUGAUUUGAAAACCCAGCUAUCUUUAAGUCCAGAGGAACUUGAUCAGGCUAAGAGGCCACUGAAAGGACAUGAGACCAAUGCUAGCAAACAGGGAACAGCCAGUGAGACUGACUAUGUUACUGAUGGAGGAUCAGAUUCAGAUAGUUCUCCAAAAAAGAGGAAGACCAGGAGUCGAUCAAAGUCUGGUUCUGCUGAGAAAAUUCGAUCACCAGCCGAUAAGAAUCUGUCAGGUGAAACUAUGGAGUGGGCUUCCAAGGAACUUUUGGAUCUGGUCGUGCACAUGAGACGUGGUGACAGAUCUUUCUUACCUAUGACAGAAGUACAAACUCUCCUACUGGCUUAUAUAAAAAGAUACAAUCUUCGUGAUCCCCGACGUAAAAGCCAGGUUAUCUGCGACUCCAGGCUUCAGAAUUUGUUCGGAAAAUCACAUGUUGGACACUUUGAGAUGUUAAAUCUCCUUGACUCUCAUUUUCUUAAAAAGGAGCAAAAUCAGGCAGAUGAUAUUCAAGGUGACAUAGUUGAUACAGAAGAACCUAAUCAUGAGGAUGUUGAUGAAAACUUGGACCAUCCAAUGAAAAGUGGGAAGGAUAAGAAACGUAAAACACGCAAAAAAAAUGUCAGGAAAGGACGUCAAUCUAAUCUUGACGAUUUUGCUGCUGUUGAUAUGCACAACAUUAAUUUGAUAUACUUAAGGCGGAGCUUGGUGGAAGAUCUACUUGAAGAUUCUACAGCAUUCGAAGAAAAAGUUGCUAGUGCAUUUGUUAGGUUAAGGAUAUCUGGAAAUCAAAAGCAAGAUUUAUAUCGACUGGUUCAAGUUGUUGGCACAAGCAAAGCUCCUGAACCUUAUAAAGUUGGCAAAAAAACAACAGACUAUGUACUUGAAAUAUUGAACUUGGACAAAACGGAAGUGAUUUCCAUUGACAUUAUAUCAAAUCAAGAUUUCACUGAGGAUGAAUGCAAGCGUCUUAAGCAGAGCAUAAAAUGUGGAUUAAUCAACAGGCUGUCAGUGGGUGAUAUACAAGAAAAAGCCAUAGCACUGCAGGAAGUGAGAGUUAAAAACUUGCUGGACGCAGAGAUCCUACGUUUCAGUCAUUUGCGUGAUCGUGCUAAAUGUGUUGAGAAGCUGCAACUGUUAAAAUCUCCAGAGGAACGACAGCGCAGGCUAGAAGAAAUUCCAGAAAUACAUGCUGAUCCCAAAAUGGAUCCAGAUUGUGAAUCGGAAGAUGAAGAUGAAAAAGAAGAAAAGGAAAAAGAGAAACAACUGAGGCCGCGAAGCAGUAGCUUUAACCGAAGAGGAAGAGAUCCAAUAUCUCCACGAAAGGGAGGAUUUAGUUCCAAUGAAUCAUGGACUGGCACAAGUAACUACUCGAAUACAAGUGCAAAUCGUGAAUUAACCAGAAGUUAUUCUGGUAGAGGUUCUACUGGUAGAGGGGAUUAUCUUGGUAGUUCUGACGACAAAGUUAGUGAGAGUAUGUGGACUUCAGCCAGAGAAAGAGAAGUGCAACCUUCUUUAGGCCCUGAGAAGCCAAGAUCUGUUUCAAUUCCUGAAACUACUACCAGAAGUUCUCGUGCUGUUGCGCCACCAGAAUUAUCUCCUAGGUUUGCCUCUGAGAUUUCAACGGCACCUCCUGCUGUUGUUCCGCAGCCUGUUCCCAAGUCAAAUGAGUCAGAGAAAAUAUGGCAUUACAAGGACCCAUCUGGUAAAGUUCAAGGACCUUUUUCGAUGGCGCAGCUCCGUAAAUGGAACAACACUGGGUACUUCCCUGCUAAGUUGGAAAUCUGGAAAGCGAAAGAGUCAGCGUUGGACUCUGUUCUCUUGACUGAUGCAUUGGCUGGACUAUUUCAGAAGCAAACCCAGGCGGUAGAUAAUAACUAUACGAAAGCUCAGGUAGCAGCUUAUUCUGGUCAAUCAAGCCAAUCUGAACCCAAUUUAGGUUCUACUGCUAGGACUGCUCCAUCAACCAUUGAGAUUCCUAGGAAUUCCCAAGAUACUUGGAGUCAAGGUGGUAGUCUUCCAUCCCCUACUCCAAAUCAAAUCACUACUCCAACAGCAAAAAGGCGAAAUUUUGAGAGCAGAUGGUCUCCAACCAAGCCAUCUCCACAGUCAGCUAAUCAGUCGAUGAAUUACUCAGUAGCACAAUCUGUACAGAGUCAAGCUUCUAGGAUAGAUAUCCCUGUGGUUGUAAAUUCUGCUGGUACUCUACAGCCUCAAGCCUACCCUAUUCCAACACCAGAUUUGAUUAACGUUUCUGUUAAUCACUCUGCGACUCUUCAUUCUCCAACACCAGCAGGUGGGAAGCAAAGCUGGGGGAGCAUGCAGACAGAUCAUGGAGGAAGUAAUGCUCCCUCUUCUCAGAAUAGCUCUACGUCUUAUGGCACCCCAUCUUCUAGUGUUCUACCCUCACAGAGUCAACCAGGCUUUCCUCCAUCUGAUCCUUGGAAGGUUGCAGUCCCAAGCCAACCUCAUGCUCAGGCUCAGGCUCAGGCUCAGGCUCAGGCUCAGUGGGGUAUAAACAUGGUGAACAACAACCAAAACUCAGGACAACCUCAGGCUCAGGCUCCAGCAAACCAGAACAGCAGCUGGGGUCAAGGGACUGUAAAUCCAAACAUGGGAUGGGUUGGUCCUGCUCAAGCUGGAGUGAAUGUAAACUGGGGUGGAUCUUCUGCUCCCUCAACUGGCCAGGGAAUCCCUAACUCUGGCUGGGGCGGGCCUGUCCAAGGACAAACACAAGCUUAUCCAAACCCAGGGUGGGGCGCAACAGGCCACCCUCAAGCUCAACCCCAAGCUCAAGUUCAAGCUCAAGCGGGUACUACGAGCGCGGGAUGGAUGCAACCAGGUCAAGGGAUUCAGUCUGGAAACAGUAAUCAAAAUUGGGGAACUCAAAAUCAGACAGCGAUCCCAAGCGGUGGGUCAGGAGGGAACCAAGCCGGUUACUGGGGAAACCAACAACAGAGCCAGAAUGGAGAUUCUGGGUAUGGUUGGAACAGGCAGUCAAGUGGGCAGAACAACUUCAAGGGGCAAAGAGUAUGCAAGUUCUUCCGCGAAGAUGGAUAUUGUAGGAAAGGAGCAUCCUGCAAUUACCUCCACAACUAAAACACCUUCUCUCUCUUUCUCUCUCUCUGCUUUUGGGUUAUGCAUGCAUCCUAAAAAGCAGCUUUAGGCGUUUUUAGCCACUUAGUUUUAUGCACUACAGUCUUUUGUUGGGAGCCUUUCACUCAGAAUUAGCUUA